AUGACGAAGACAAGGAGAAUGAACACGGAAAAUCACCAAACCGAGGAAGAGCACGUUCAAGUUGAGGACGAAACUGAUCUCACCGAGACCGUGCGCUUGCUCAAGCAGGAGAUGGCUGCAAUGAAACAGCAGCGAGAGAAGGAUGCAAAGGAACUUUCGGCUUUGAGAGCCGAAAAUGAGGCGUUAAAGAGUCAAGACUCCUCAUGGAAACCUACCCAGCCUACUAACACUCAAACACACGGAUCUUACCAAUCCCAUGACAUCCAUACCUCGGCUAUCCAUGCCUCGGCUGCGGCACCACAAAAAUUUCAAUCGGCCCUGCCUACAGUUGGACGUCCCACCGAUGUAGCAACAGUGGGAUCACACCGACAUCCUUUUACACCUUCUAUCAUGCAGUUGCCUUUAAUGGAUAAUUGGAAAUCGCUGCCGAUUGAUAAAUAUGAUGGUAACAUUAAGCACAACGGACGAUGCUGCUCUGUGUCGGAUUUUUCCCACAUCGUUAAAAGGCCGAGCUUUGAGCUGGUUCACUCGGUUCCCCCCAACUCUAUUGACUCGUUCAACACCCUAUCUUCUCAGUUCACGGUUCAAUUUGCAACGAGUCGGCCUCACAGUUUGACAUCUCUGUCGUUGGUUAGUCUUCGGCAGGAUAAGAAGGAAACUCUCCGGGCUUUCAUGGAUCGUUUUAACAAAACCGCUUUAGAAAUUCGGGAUCUUAAUCCCGCAGUGGCACUCCAUCAUCUGACGACAGCUUUGAAGCCCGGGCCAUUCGUCAAUAGCCUGUGCAAAAAACCCCCUUCAGACAUGAAUGAACUUCGAAGACGAGCCGAUAAAUAUAUGCAGAUGGAGGAGUUGGCUGAGUUCCGAAAUCAAGCCCGAGCUGAACCAUCGGGAAAGUCUGACAAGCCAGUAGAACCAUCCUAUCGGGGGCGAAAUAAGGAGAUAACUCUUCGUGACCGACCAACGCGGGGUCCGAAAUACACUCAUUAUACUCCCCUCAAUGCAAGCCGAGCUGCGGUGCUUGAACAAGCUCUAGCAUCAGAGGUGUUGGCCGUCCCAAAAAGAGCUGCCACGCCACCGCGCGCCGAUACUAGUAAAUCUUGUCGGUAUCACCGCAAUAGGGGGCACUCUACCGAGGAGUGCGCGGCCCUCCGAGACAGAAUCGAGGAUUUAAUCAAGCAAGGCCAGCUUCAUAAUUUCGUUGAUCGGCCCGAUUCGCAUCGAUCGCGCCAGUAUCAACCUAGACACGACCGACCUCGACAAGACCGAGCUGAUAGACCUCGCCACGAUCGAAGCCGGUCAUGCGAAAGGAAAGAUGAGCCUACAGCUUCCCAUAGGCGAGUCAUCAACACCAUCGCAGGAGGGUUUGCUGGUGGAGGCUCAACUUCUUCGGCACAAAAGAGGCAUUUGCGCGCCGUUCGUUCGGUCAAUUCGGUCGAUAGACAACCCGUUCGGAGGUUACCAGCUAUAACAUUCACUGAUGCUGAUUUUCAAGGAAUCGACCCCGUGCAAGAUGAUCCAAUGGUAAUUAGCGUUGAAAUCCACAACUGCAUAGUGAAGAAAACGUUGGUGGAUCAGGGUAGUUCGGCCGACAUUUUGUACUGGAACACCUUCAAGCAGUUGGUCAUCUCGGAAAAGGAGCUCGUUCCAUACGAUGACCCUCUAGUUGGUUUCUCGGGAGAAAGAGUUAGCACUAAGGGGUACAUUAAGCUUUUUACUCGUUUCUGUGUUGACGAGCAGGAAUACAAGGAAAUCUAA